UGCUGGCUUACUUGAAUGUUUGGAGUGGGCUCAAGACCUUGUACCACUUUCCACUCCCCUCCCUCUCUCCUCGCCGGUACGCUGCAGACCACGCCCUCUGGGAAGCCGUAGCAAUCUCCUUCGCUGACCACACCCACAGAACACCACACCCUGAAUUUAGGAGACUGCUGGCAAGCCAGUCGGGGUCAUGAAGGCAGUGAGCCAGCGGGAGGGAGAAGGGGUCCGGACCUACGAUGGCUCCCUGGUAGCAGUGCACCCUGGUGUUGCCGACGUCCACCAGCACACCCUCCCCACCUCCACACCUUCCCCAGACACACACCUGCACAGUGACACCGACAACGGACACACGUUUGAUGAACUGUAAGAAUCAUCUGAACCAAGCACAGCAAAUGGUAACUGUGAGUUUCUGGUAUCAAACAUACAAUCUUUUGUCUUUUCUGUGCUAUGGUCUGCUCCAACAGCAGGGUUAUCAAUAGAAUACGUAUUAACUAUGGAUUAUAUACCUGCUCAACAUCGGCCGCAUUGAGCCUCAGUUUCCCGGCAACAACCGACUUGGACCUCUGUUCAACGAGACUGGGAGCGGCAAUGAUAUUGGUACGAGGGAUAGAGGAGGCCGUGCGUGCAAUUACAGCAGCACCAAGAUUUGAGAGUCGGCCACUCACUAUUACCCGGACCGAUUUCUGUGCACAGAAAUCUAGUGUUGCACCGUACUUUUGGUAUAGAGUUGCAGCUUCCUCUAGAUGGCUGCUCGUUUCUGAUGCUCCCGGCUUUUCUUCUCCCUCUUCUUUCACACCUCCGUCCUUUUCCUUUUCUUUAUCUUCUUCCCUCUCCCCCUCAUCCUCGUUCUUCCUAACCUCCUCCUCUUCUUCCUUUCUCUCUGCGUCCUCUCCACCUGCCUCCUCAAUUUCUUCCCCAUUCUGAAUAUCCCCACCCCCA